GCCAGAGUCCACUGGAAUUGUUCAUACUCCUAAUGGUCUUGUUCAGACACUAUCUGGCUGAGAUUCCUUUUGACACUGAUCUGUCUUAGCAGGUGGCUGACCAGAUUUACCUGCAGAGACCAGAAACAUGCAUUGUGCCAUCCAAAAAGCAGAAGUGCUGGAUGGCGCUCAUUUGAUGCAAAUCCUCUGGCAUGAUGGUGCAGAGUCUCUCUACCCAGCCGUAUGGCUGAGAGACAACUGCCAGUGCCCCGAGUGCUACCUGGAUUCUGCAAAAGCACGGAAACUUCUUGUCGAAGCUCUUGAUGUGAACAUUCGUAUUAAAGGCAUGACGUUUGACAGAAAAAAGGUUCACAUCAUGUGGCCAAAUGAACAUUACAGUGAAUUUGAAGCUGAUUGGCUGAAGAAAAGAUGCUUUUCACAGCAGGCCAGAGAAAAACUCCAGAGAGAAUUGUUUUUGCCAGAAUGCCAGUACUGGGGCUCAGAGCUCCAGCUACCUACUCUGGAUUUUGAAAACGUUUUAAAAAAUGAUGAGCAUGCAUACAAGUGGCUCUGCAGCCUCAAGAAAGUAGGCAUAGUGCGACUCACAGGAGCAUCUGACAAACGAGGAGAAGUUCUCAAACUUGGGAAAAGGAUUGGUUUUCUUUAUCUCACGUUUUAUGGACAUACUUGGCAAGUGCAAGACAAAAUUGAUGCAAACAAUGUGGCUUACACAACUGGGAAGCUGAGCUUUCACACGGAUUACCCAGCCCUCCAUCAUCCACCUGGGGUUCAGCUUCUGCAUUGCAUAAAACAAACAGUCACUGGCGGUGAUUCAGAAAUUGUAGAUGGGUUUAAUGUAUGCCGAAAACUCAAAGAAAAAAAUCCUCAGGCAUUUCAGAUUUUGUCCUCGACCUUUGUGGACUUUACAGACAUUGGAGUGGAUUACUGUGAUUUCUCUGUACAAUCCAAACACAAAAUUAUAGAAUUAGAUGAUAAAGGCCAAGUGGUUCGCAUCAACUUCAAUAAUGCAACUAGAGACACAAUAUUUGAUGUACCUGUUGAAAGAAUUCAGCCUUUUUAUGCUGCUCUGAAGGAGUUUGUUGACCUCAUGAACUGUAAAGAAUCCAAGUUCACUUUCAAGAUGGAUCCAGGUGAUGUGAUUACUUUUGAUAACUGGCGCUUACUGCAUGGCCGGCGCAGCUAUGAAGCAGGCACUGAGAUUUCCCGCCAUCUAGAGGGAGCAUAUGCUGACUGGGAUGUGGUAAUGUCGAGGCUUCGGAUCUUAAGGCAGAGUGUCCAGAAUAGAAACUGAGUCUCCUGUCUGUCAUUUCAGGAAGAUUUCAAUGAUCGUAUUUUGUAAGAUAUGGCAAUGUUAUUUCUCUUUAGAGACCAUGAUCUCUGUCAUUUGCAUAAUUGAUUUCUUUACCACUGAACAUGUCAUCUUUCUCACAAAUUUUCUUUGUAAUCAUACACAAUGCCAACUUAGAUGUUGUAGCAGUGUUCUCCUCUUUCCACAUAAAGCAUUCCUUCUGUUCUAUUGCAUGUAUGAUCUAAUUUCUUUUGCCCAUAUGUGAGAAUCUUCAGAAUGCCUAUAGUUUCAUAGCAAAUAAAACUUUUCUUCAAAAUAAAGCCUUUUUUAACAUACAACUUGUGUUUCAAAUAAACUUAUCUCAAAUAAAAUGUUU